AAUGAUUCCUGGGUUUUGGAAGCUGUAUUUUCUGAAGACACUGCUGUUUCAAGAGGCAGAGUGCUUUGGUUUCCAUGGAUCUCUCUGUCAGCACCACCCUCCUCUUGACGAUCUCCUGCUGCCUGUGGAAUACAGAAGCCCGAAGUUACAAAUAUGUGCUCACUGUGCCAAAUGGGGGGCCCUGGGGUUCCUGGGGCUCCAGUGAUUUAUGCACCCAGGGCUAUGCUCACGGCUUCUCCCUGAAGGUAGAGGGAGUCCAAGGAGAUGGCGAUGAUACAGCUCUGAAUGGAAUCCGCUUGUACUGUAGCGAUGGCAGAACAAUUGAGUCUACAGUUGGACUAUGGGGAACCUGGACUGAGAUCAAAUAUUGCCCGUCGGGCUACCUGGUUUCUUUUUCUCUGCGAGUGGAGCGACCUCAAGGACAGGGUGAUGAUACAUCAGCCAACAACAUCCAAUUCACCUGCAGUGAUGGUUUUGCCCUACUAGGCUAUGGGCUGAGCUGGGGUAAUUUUGCUGCAUGGAGCCUUCGCUGCCCCUCGUCCGCCAUAUGUGGGAUCCAGACAAAGGUGGAGGGUUACCAGGGCCAUGGUGAUGACACAUCACUCAAUGAUGUGAAGUUCUUCUGCUGUUAAUGGUUGAUAGAUGUUUUCUUUUGUUGUUGUUUAUUCGUUUAGUCGCUUCCGACUUUUUGUGACUUCAUGGACCAGCCCAUGCCAGAGCCUCCUGUCGGUCGUCAACACCCCCAGCUCCCCCAGGGAUGGGUCCGUCACCCCUAGAAUAUCAUCCAUCCACCUUGCCCUUGGUCGGCCCCUCUUCCUUUUGCCCUCCACUCUCCCUAGCAUCAGCACCUUCUCCAGGCUGUCCUGUCUUCUCAUUAUGUGGCCAAAGUAUUUCAGUUUUGCCUUUAAUAUCAUUCCCUCAAGUGAGCAGUCUGGCUUUAUUUCCUGGAGGAUGGACUGGUUUGAUCUUCUUGCAGUCCAAGGCACUCUCAGAAUUUUCCUCCAACACCACAGUUCCAAAGCAUCGAUCUUCCUUCUCUCAGCCUUCCUUAUGGUCCAGCUCUCACAGCCAUAUGUUACUACGGGGAACACCAUUGCUUUAACUUUGCGGACCUUUGUUGUCAGUGUGAUGUCUCUGCUCUUAACUAUUUUAUCGAGAUUGGUCAUUGCUCUUCUCCCAAGGAUUAAGUGUCUUCUGAUUUCCUGACUGCAGUCAGCAUCUGCAGUAAUCUUUGCACCUAGGAAUACAAAGUCUUUCACUGCUUCUACAUUUUCUCCCUCUAUUUGCCAGUUAUCAAUCAAGCUGGUUGCCAUCAUCUUGGUUUUUUUGAGGUUUAGCUGCAAGCCAGCUUUUGCACUUUCUUCUUUCACCUUCAUCAUAAGGCUCCUCAGUUCCUCUUCGCUUUCAGCCAUCAAAGUGGUAUCAUCUGCAUAUCUGAGAUUGUUAAUGUUUCUUCCAGCGAUUUUAACUCCAGCCUUGGAUUCCUCAAGCCCAGCUUGUCGCAUGAUGUGUUCUGCAUACAAGUUGAAUAGGUAGGGUGAGAGUAUACAGCCCUGCCGUACUCCUUUCCCAAUCUUAAACCAGUCCGUUGUUCCGUGGUCUGUUCGUACUGUUGCUACUUGGUCGUUAUACAGAUUCUUCAGGAGGCAGACAAGAUGACUUGGUAUCCCCAUACCACUAAGAACUUGCCACAAUUUGUUAUGGUCCACACAGUCAAAGGCUUUAGAAUAGUCAAUCAAACAGAAAUAGAUGUUUUUCUGAAACUCCCUGGCUUUUUCCAUUAUCCAGCAGAUAUUGGCAAUUUGGUCUCUAGUUCCUCUGCCUUUUCUAAACCCAGCUUGUACAUCUGGCAAUUUUUGCUCCAUGAACUGCUGAAGUCUACCUUGCAGGAUCUUGAGCAUUACCUUACUGGCAUGUGAAAUGAGUGCCACUGUUUGAUAGUUUUAACAUUCUUUAGUGUUCCCCUUUUUUGAUAUGGGGAUAUAAGUUGAUUUUUUCCAAUCUGAUGGCCAUUCCUGUGUUUUCCAAAUUUGCUGGCAUAUAGCAUGCAUUACCUUGACAGCAUCAUCUUGCAAGAUUUUGAACAGUUCAGCUGGGAUGCCGUCAUCUCCUGCUGCCUUGUUAUUAGCAAUGCUUCUUAAGGCCCACUCAACCUCACUCUUCAGGAUGUCUGGCUCUAGCUCACUGACCACACCGUCAAAGCUAUCCCUGAUAUUGUUAUCCUUCCUAUACAGGUCUUCUGUAUAUUCUUGCCACCUUUUCUUGAUCUCUUCUUCUUCUGUUAGGUUCUUGCCAUCUUUGUUUUUGAUCAUACCCAUUUUUGCCUGGAAUUUACCGCCAAUGUUUCUAAUUUUCUGGAAGAGGUCUCUUGUCCUUCCUAUUCUAUUCUCUUCUUCCACUUCCGCCCAUUGCUUGUUUAAAAAUAAUUCCUUAUCUCUUCUGGCUAACCUCUGGAAUUUUGCACUUAAUUGGGCAUAUCUCCCCCUAUCACUGUUGCCUUUUGCUUUCCUUCUUUCUUGGGCUACUUCUAGUGUCUCAGCAGACAGCCAUUUUGCCUUCUUGGUUUUCUCUUUCUUGGGGAUGUAUUUUGUUGCCGCCUCCUGAACAAUGCUGCGAGCUUCUGUCCAGAGUUCUUCCGGGACCCUAUCUACUAAGUCCAGUCCCUUAAAUCUAUUCUUCACCUCCACUGCAUAUUCCUUAGGAAUAUUAGUGAGUUCAUAUCUAGCUGAUCUGUGGGUCUUCCCUAAUCUCUUUAGUCUGAUCCUAAAUUGUGCAAGAAGAAGUUCGUGAUCUGAACUACAGUCAGCUCCAGGUCUUGUUUUUACCGACUAUAUAGAUGUCCGCCACCUUUGUCUGCAAAGGAUGUAGUCAAUCUGAUUUCAGUGUUGUCCAACUGGGGAAGUCCAUGUAUAAAGCCGUCUCUUAGGUUGUUGGAAGAGAGUGUUUGUUAUGCAGAGUGAGUUGUCUUGGCAAAAUUCUAUCAGCCUAUGUCCUGCUUCGUUUUGUUCUCCCAGGCCAUGCUUACCUGUAAUUCCAGGUGUCAUUUGACUGCCCACCUUAGCAUUCCAGUAUCCUGUGAUGAAAAUAACGUCUCUUUUAGGCGUGUUGUCCAGUAGGUGCUGCAGAUCCUCAUAGAACUGCUCUACUUCAGCUUCUUCAGCAUUUGUGGUUGGGGCGUAUAUUUGGAUCACUGUGAUGUUAGAUGGCUUGCCCUGAAUUCGAAUUGAGAUCAUUCUAUCGUUUUUUGGAUUGUAUCCAAGCACUGCUUUAGCCACUUGACUAUUAAUUAUGAAGGCUACUCCAUUUCUUCUGUGGUCCUCUUGUCCACAGUAGUAGAUCUGGUGGUCAUUUGAUGUGAAGUGGCCCAUUCCAGUCCAUUUCAGUUCACUGACGCCCAGAAUGUCUAUCUUUAAUCAUGACAUCUCACCAAUAACCACAUCCAAUUUGCCCUGGCUCAUAGAUCUUACAUUCCAGGUUCCAAUGGUGUGUUGAUCCUUAGAACAUCGGAUUCGCCGUUCACCACCAGCACCGUCGGCCGCUAGCCGUCCUUUCGGCUUUGAGCUAGCUGCGUCAUCACGUCUGGGGCUAGUUGAGCUCAUCCUCUGUUCCUCCCCAGUAGCAUUUUGACCACCUUCCGACCUGGGGGUCUCAUCUUCCGAUGGUAUACCGACAUAUCUCUGGUUGUACUGAUCCAUUUAGUUUUCAGGGCAAGAAUACUGGGAUGGGUUGCCAUUACCUUCCCCAGGGAUCGCAUUUAGUCUGACCUCUCUGUCAUGACCUUCCCGACUUGGGUGGCCCUUCACAGUUUAGCUCAUGGCAUCAUUGAGGUGCUCAAGCUCCAGCACCACGAUAAGGUAAUGAUCCUUUGCUGAAGAGAUGUUUUCUUACCUAACCCUAAAUAUUAUUGAAUGUUAACUUGAGUACAGGGUGUUUUCUCAUGUAUAUAUUGGUCUGAAGUUAUUUACUCUCUUACUGGGCAUCUUUUACUUUGGAGAAUAUAGAACUAUUAAGGGAAAAAAAUUAUGCCAGUUUUGGUUAAGAAUCAAAGAAAGUUGCUGCUAAAAAUAUUUUGAGUCUUUUAUGGCAGCCCUGGUAAGUGGAAGAUGAGGUUCAUGAGAGGUUUGUUUCUUGAACAAAACCUCCAACUGACCAUGAAUUUCCAUGAUCACCUUUCUUUAAAGAGUUACAUAAAAGCUUUUUUCCUCCAAUCCCAUGGCUUUGCACUUCAUGUGAAUUAUUAAUUAAUCAAUUUAUUAAAUUUCUACUCUACACAACU